UUCGUUUCCUGAUUUUGUUUGUUGACUACGGGUCGGUGAAUCGGAGUUUGAAUGUUAUGGUUUUGUUGGUGGGAUACGUGUUCGUGCUCUAUUGAUCCUUUUUUGAGGUUUCAGUUGGAUUUAGGCCUUCGAAUUUUGGGGGUCUUCUGCUGCAGAUAAGGUGAAAUCUAUUAUAUUGUGGCAAAAGUAUCUCUUUUUUAGGUUUUGCACUGUAUAUUUCUGCGUCGCCACUUCAAUAAACUCUAGGUGACAUGUAAGGGGUUCAGUUUGCAAAUAGACAUGUUAUCCUUAAUCACUGCAGCGGGAAAUGGAAAAAAUAUCUGGUGCCAAUUGGAUGCUUAAAUGGGAGAAGACAUGUUAUCCUUAAUCACUAAAGGGUUCAUCUUAGAUCUUUCUUGAUGUACCUCGUAGGUGGUUUUGUAAUUUGGCAUCAAAUGGGAGAAGACAAUGCUAUUUCUGAAAUACAGGCGAGUUUCAUUUUGCAAAAACCAAUUUCAGCACUUGUUACUGCUGCUGCAAGAUUAGAGUAUGAAAUUUUUGAAGAAAUUGGUAUUCCAAACACAAAGGUUUCAAUUAUUUCCAUGCAUCCCUUAACUCCAGAAAACUCUACAUAUGUAACCUUUGGUUUUCUUCCCGAACCAAAAAAUGCCUCAAUAAACUCUGCAGCACUCAGUAUUUUGAGAUCUACUUUGAUAGAUCUGGUUCUUAAGCAAAUUAAUAUAACUUGGACAUCAUCAUUUUUUGGCGAUCCAUCAUCUUUUGAGCUUUUGAAGUUUCCUGGAGGGAUCACUGUGGUGCCUUCACAGUCAGCUUCAAUUUGGGAAAUAGCACAAACCCUGUUUGACUUCAAAUUAAAUAACAGCAUUGAAGAAAUUUUGAAGAACAUGGACAGUUUGAAGGCUGAACUUAAAUUUGGAUUGAAUUUGACUUCUAAUGAGAAUGCAUAUGUAAAGCUUAUGAAUAGUGAUGGUUCCACAGUGGAAUCACCAGUUACCAUUGAGGCUUCUGUUCUAUCAGAUAUUGGGAGUGGCAAUCUUUUACCAGAUAGAAUGAGGCAACUAGCUCAGUUCAUCACAGGGCCGGAUUCCAACAAUCUUGGCCUUAAUAACUCUGUUUUUGGAAAAGUGAAGCAAGUGCAGUUAUCAUCAUACCUUGAGAACUCAAUCUCAUCGCUACCCCCCAGUCCAUCUCCUUCUCCAUCUGAUGGCAUUGUAUCUGCUGAACCUCCUUCAUUAAUAUCUAUUUCCUCACCGGCGCCAGCAUCUGCUCCUGCUCUGUUGAAUAAUCACUAUGGACAGCCUCCAUGUUUCUACAGUCAUACUUUGCCAUCACAUAGUCCAGGGGCUUAUCCACCAGCCCCUAAUGUUGGUAUCAAGUCACACCAGCCACAGUUUCAUGCUGUAAAUGUACCUGUACCUUCACCAAGUACUGAACCACCAAACUUUCCUCCUAUUUAUUCAGAACACUCACCAAAUUUGGCUGCUCCCUCAAGCCAUGAAGUGAUGAAGCCUAAUCCCAAAGUGGCUCGAGAACCCUCACUAGCUCCAGUUAGCCAUGCUUCCAGUUCAAUCCCAGGUAGUGGAGGUGGUGAGGGAUUGCUUGCAGCUCCUUUGUCAUCAUUUAUAUCACUGUCUUCUGGAUCAAAAAUUGCAGACCAAAUAAUCUGGGAGACAAACCUGGCUGGGCUGCUGGGAUUUCUCAUAGUCCAAUUUGUUUGUGGGACACCAUAUUGAAUCUUUCAAGGACUACCGGGAGUUUCACCAAAUAUAAUUCAUCUACAUGUAUUUGGAGCACUAACCAUGUUGGGAUUUAAGAUGAAACAUAGUUGUGGUUGUUCGGCGGUAUUGUUAUCGGAGCUUGCAGUGCGAAGGCCCCUCUCUAACAGCAAGUCUCAGGAAGGAUUUGAUGGGACCUGCUUAAUCUAAAACUGUAUAUAGAUAUAAAUAUAUAUGAAUCAAACUGUCUGUGUAACACGGGGUUAUAGCUGCAAAGGUGGCUUGCCUUUUUUCUUACCAAGGGAAGUGCUCCUCCAAAGGGCUGGAGCAGUUUUAGGCUAUUGAUGUGAGAAUGAGCUCUGUUUUUUUUUUUUUACUUACCAACCUGUAAAGUAUCUCUAUUUGACUUAUUUCUGAGCUGAGGAAUUGUGAAUCGGGCAGAGAUUUAUAACAUAUGAUAAUUUUGAAA